CUUCUUAUGAACAGUUGACAAGACUUAACAAGGAAAUAUAUUCAGUUGUGCAAUAUCUUCGGCUCUGAGCGUACUCCGUACGUACUAAAUAUAUCAAUAUUUAUCAUCAAAAUAUCAAGAGAAUCUAUAUAGUAAUGGACUUAAGUGCGGAGGAGGUGGUGAAAGGUUUGCUGAGUGAAGCUGCCUACGCGACACCGUCUGACAAUGUAAGAGUAGAAGAUCUGGAGAUGAAGCUACCGAAGUGGUUCGAUGAAGCUAAAUUUAACCAAGGUCGCCGGUUUUUUUCAGACUUUUGCAUCGCGCACACGUUAAGCUUAAUAUCAGGAUUUAUAGCUGUUCUGGCGGUGCCGACUGUGAUCAAGGUGAUGAUCGGAACCCAGAGGUCAAACACACCGUACACUGCUUACAAACGAUACCUGUCUACAUAUCUCCACAUUAUCACCUGGGCCUCUCAUGACCUGAAGCCAGGCUCACCAACCUGGCGAUCUUUGAACACAGUGCGGGCCCGCCACGUGGUGGCAGGUAGAGCGGCCAGGCUGAAGAAGCAGGGCACCGUGUCGCAGCGUGACCUGGCACUCACCAUGCUGGGCUUGAUAGGCUUCUCCGUGCUGAAGCCGGACAAGUUCCAUCUGGUGUCGGUGAAGAAAGGAGACAUGGAGGCCUUCCUCCAUUUCUGGGCUGUAAUUGGCGCUAUGAUUGGGUGUCAAGAUAGAUACAACAUUUGCCGUAAGACGUACGAUGAGACCUAUCAGGUCUGCCAAGAGCUCGUGGACAGAGUGCUGCUUCCGUGCCUGGAGAAUGUUCCGGAAUACUUCGAGCAUACCGCCAGGGUCUUGAUCGAUGGUGGCUCGGCCGUGUUCUCCUUUAUUGACGGUGACUUCAUUAUAUACUGGACCAAACACUUAGCAAAUGUCCCUGGCUACAUCUACACUGAGGAAGAAAGACUAGCCUUACAAAGGAAAUUGAAGAAGUUUAGUACUGGAGCAGAUAAAAACGGAGUCGAUGCAAAUGAAUUGAUUGAAGCUUGUGGGCUGCCCUUUGAUACUAAAUCGUCGCGACGGCUUCAUGCUGAUGACUACGACACCGUGGCAACCUCGCCCGCCUACAAGAACCUACCAUUGAAAGCCAAGUUCAAUAUGGCAGUGCAUCAUAUAAUCCUGUCUAUCUACUCAGUGGCUGUCGGAAGAGCUAUACUAAACUUUAUUUUUAAGUGUAUGCUGUUUACAGUAACACAUUUUCCAAUGACAGCAAUGUGGAGAUACGGCUAUUACAACGCAUUCGUAAAUAUAUUUAAGGAAGGACCAAAAGACGACACGCCGCCCAAGCUGAACUGCGAAUAUCAAAAGAAGAAUGAAGAGACGUGGCACCAGGCGCUCACCAGUCUUAUCUGGUAAGAGUCUACUGACCAAACCAAAACCUAACAGCUUCAUCAUAUUAUUAUUACCUACUGUUAAUAAUGACGUAACUUUGGUUUUAUUUAUAAAUACCUAAAGUUAAAUGCAAGCUGUGUUACUUAUCUAAGAAUUAUUAUGUUUAUAAUAUUGCAUCUUAUUAAAAGAAUAGAUAGGUAACUAAA